AUGCCCAGCAUGAGACGUCCACAGUUCCUCGCAUACUUCAACACCAGACUAGCCCUAGCCUGCUUGCUCAUAGCCAUCUCCUCUUUCAACUAUGGCUUCGAUAAUCAAGGCUUUGCCACCACGCAGGCUAUGGACGCUUUUGACAAACGGUUUGGAAACUAUAAUCCUGGAACGAAGGAGUAUGCAUUAGACCCAGCCUGGCUAUCGCUCUUCAACAGUCUAAACUACAUCGGAUUUGCUGCUGGCGUGCUCAUCGGCAGUCAAAUAUCCGCCCGGUUCGGUCGGCGGUGGUGCAUGUUCUCGAUGAGUUGCUACGCUCUCAUCACAGCCACGAUCACCGUUACCUCUGCAAACCGUGAGCAGAUUCUCGCUGCUCGAAUCUUGAACUACAUCUAUGUUGGGAUGGAGUUGGCUGUUGUCCCAACAUUCCAGUCCGAAAUAGUCCCAGCCCAAGUCCGAGGCCUCGCCGUAGGCACCUACCAGUUCAGCAUCAUCCUAGGGGGUCUAAUCAUCAACUCUAUCUGCCGGGGCACAAGCAAGAUCCAAGACGACCGAGCCUGGCGCAUCCCCCUUGGCUUAUUCUAUAUCGUUCCAACGAUAGUCCUAUCAUUGAUAUGGUUCGUCCCUGAGAGCCCACGCUGGCUCCUCCAACAAGGCCGCGUAGAAGAAUCCCAAGUCAGUCUUCGACAACUACGCCAGGGAUGUUUCACCCCCGACCAGAUCAGCAAUGAAUUCCAUGAGCUUCAGAUCGUGCUCGAACAGGAGAUUGAAAAAGGCCGCUGGGUCGACCUGGUUAAGGGAGUCAAUCUAAAGAGAACGGCGCUCGUUUUCAUGGUCAAUUUCUUUCAGCAGGGUACUGGACAGGCGUUUUCGUCUCAGUAUGGAGCGGUCUACGUCAAGCAGUUGGGGACCGUUAACCCGUUUGAUAUGACGGUUGUGCUUUCGCUUUUAAAUUUGGUGUCGAUCGUUGGCUCAUUAGCGUAUACUGAUCGGGUUGGGCGGAGACCCAUGCUCCUAGCCAGCUCCGCCGUAAUGGCAGCAGGCCUAUUGACGAUGGGAGGCCUAGGGACUCCAAAUCCCAUGACAAGCGAUUUGAAGAAAGGCGUAGUGGGUAUGUACGUGGUCAUGGCACUGGGAUUCUCACUGGGAUGGGGACCGCAAACGUACGUAGUAGCUACCGAGCUACCUGCGCUGCGGUUGAGAGACAUGACGCUGCAGUUGGGGUUUGUUGUCAAUGUUAUUUCUAACUUUGUCGUCAACUUCACUAUCCCCUACCUUGUGGAUGCGGAAUAUGCGGGUCUGAACUCCAAGGUUGGGUUUAUAUUUGGUGCCAUUGCCGUUGUCGCGUUUGUUUGUACUUUCUUUUUCGUGCCGGAGUGUCGGGGUAAGACUCUUGAGCAGAUUGAUCUCAUGUUUCAUCUGGGGGUCAAAUUGCGGGACUUUGGAUCCUUUGAUGCUAGCACCUUGGUUGCUGAGCGGGAGUUUAAGGGAGGUGAAGUUCCUAGUGAUACUGGCAAAGAUGGAGGGGAUGGUGUGAAAAAGUAG